GGGAUGCUGUGGGGAGGCCGAGCGGGGCCAUGGAGCUGGACGAAGCUUUCGGCUUGGUGGGGGAGUUCGGCCCUCGGCAGAGACGCCUCACCGCUUUCCUGGUGCUGCUGCAGGUGUUCGUGGCCUUUCAGUCUAUGCUUAUUUUAAUAGUGGGAGCUGUGCCUGAAUAUCACAUCGAUCAGGAAGAGAUUCCAACAAGUACAGAAGCUCUUGCAAAACAUGUCAGAUUUGCUAAUAACUUCACAUCCAUAGCAACAGAGUGGUAUUUAAUCAAACAUGAAGCAUAUAAGGUGAGCCUGGCAUCAUCCUUGUAUUUUGCCGGGUUACUCAUUGGAAAUAUAAUGUUUGGCCCAUUGUCAGAUAAACUGGGCAGGAAGCCUGUGUAUAUGUCAGGUCUCUUCUUCGACGUUAUUUUUGGGUAUAUCUCAGCAUUUGCACCAAACUAUGAAAUUUUUGCAGUGUCACGCUUUUUAAUUGGAAUUACAAAUGGUGGUAUGUCUUUAGUGUCUUUUGUUUUGACACAAGAAUAUGUAGGAAAAUCAUUCUGGGCAUUGACAGGCUCAUUAACAAAUGUGACAUUUGCAGUUGGCAUAGCAGUUUAUGCCUUAUUGGGUUAUUGCAUAAGGGAAUGGCGCUUCCUGGCCUUCGUAUCAAAUUCUCCAGGACUUUUCUUUUUCCUUCUCUCUUUUAUGCUUCCGGAAUCACCAAGAUGGCUGUACACCCAAGGCAGAACUGCAGAAGCAGAGAAAGUUCUACAAUACAUAGCCGUUGGUAACGGAAAGGAAAGAGUGGCUUUGAAACUGAAACAGUGUCCUGGAGCAAUGAAAAAGGAUGACUCAGCAUCUGAUGUCUUAAAUCUAGUUCAACACCCAGUCCUUCGGAGGCGCACUGUCAUUUUGAUGUACAUCUGGUACGUGUGCAGCCUUGUAUACUAUGGCUUAACACUGAAUGCAGGUGAACUAGGAGGGAAUCUUUAUCUAAAUGUGGCUCUUUAUGGCCUUGUAGAAGUUCCAGCAUUUCCACUCUGUAUGUUCUUCAUUGAGAAACCUUGGUCAGGAAGACGUAAAAGUACAACUGCUUUUUUGGUAUUUGCAGGCCUUGCUUGUAUGUUUACUGUGUUCUUACCAGAGAAUACAGGUGAAUUUUUCUUCAGUCCCAGUCUCUUAGCCUUAUACGGAAAAUUUGCUGUGAGUGCUGCCUUCAACAUCAUAUAUAUUUAUACUUCAGAACUCUAUCCAACAGUAGUGAGAAAUGCUGGCUUAGGAGUAUGUUCAAUGACUUGUAGAUUGGGUGGCAUUUUGGCUCCAUUUGUUCCCUCUAUGAAAUCUCUUGGUCCAUCAGUACCAUUUAUGAUCUUCGGCAUCAGUGGGUUGUCAGCCGGUUUCCUGACUCUUCUGCUUCCAGAAACUCUUAACAGACCUAUUGCGGAGACCAUUGAAGACUUGCAGACUCCUGCCUACCAAAUGCUCAAAAACAAAAAGGCAGAGUAACUCUGUUAGAAGAAAACAGGUAAAGUUUCAAAAAACGUUGUGGUUGAA